AUGGUCCUCCGACUACGACUGGCUCGCGUGUCCACGCCGGGCGGCGCAAAACGCCAUCAGCCAUUCUACAACAUUGUUCUCGCCCAGGGACGAUCAGCACGCGACUCGAAGCCCAUGGAAGUCCUGGGCACAUACGACCCCAUCCCGAAACUGCCAGUCGGCGCAGAACCGUCGGACCGCAAGAUCAAGGACAUCAAAGUGGACGUGUCGAGGGCGAAAUACUGGCUAGGAGUGGGAGCACAGCCAAGUGAUACCGUCUGGAGGUUACUGUCGAUGAUUGGUCUCCUCGAACCACGCUAUCUACCAUCAGGACCUCAGACGAUCAAGCAGUCGCGAUUCCCCACACAUGUACCGAAGCCAGACAAGGCAAGGAAGGACACCAAAGCCGACGGAACCAUGAGUCAGAGAGAAUCGGAAAUCGUGGCUCGCCGGUGA